AACAACUUCUAUUAUGAUAAUGGCUGUCAGUUUUAAUGCCUACUCGAUUUACAUUACUGUUCCGAAUCUCGCUGAGCUAUUAAUACGAUUUCUGUAUUAUUCGUGAUAUUUGUUUUAUUACUUUUUAAUUUACUGGAACACACCUCUUAUUAUUAGCGAAUUUAUUUGAGAAUGGUUAAUGCUAGCUAGCUAGCUAAUGUUGAGUAGCCAGCUGAUUUAACCGGCUGUGUGUGUUUUGGAGUUUGUUUUGAGUUGGUUUUAUUUGUCACUUUAGUAUUAAACCAAAUUUAAGGUUAAUGUAGGAUAUUGGAAUUGCUUAGCAUACGUUUUUAAAUGUAAUCUAGGCAUGUAAACUAAAAUGGGUUAGGUGUUGAUGAGUGCGCAUGCGCGUGGCUGCAUGGCCUGUCACAUUUUUUGUUUUUCAUUUAAAGUGUGUAUUAAAAGCACGAUUUCAGCUAAAUUGAGAUCCACCACAGAGUGUUUCUUGGUCCGAUUUGAUCUGAUCUAGUGUUCAUGUAGCUGAGGAGCAAUCUGAUUGAGCUACAUUCAUUUGCAGGAUAAGGUGAUAAUAGACAGUGUUCAUGUAGGCGAGGAGCGCCCUGAUUGAGCUACAUCUCAUUGGAUUUCUUUGUCGUAUCUGAUCGAAUCCAAUCUGAUCAGAUGUUCCUGUAGCUGAGAAGCAAUUCGAUCGAGAUUUCUUGGUCAUAUCCGAUCCCAUCUAAUCUGAUCUGGUGCACGUCGAGACCCAGCCGGCUCCAUGGUUCUGCGCAGGCUGCUGCGGAGGCGCUGGGUCCUGGGGGUCGUCUUCGGCUUCUCCCUAAUUUACUUCCUCACCAGCACACUCAAACAGGAGGAGCGGAGCAUGCGGGAUCGGACGCUGCUGGAGGCGAAGGAAUCCGAUCACCCCAUCGCGUGGAAAGUCAAGUUCAACCUGGGAAACAGCAGCAGGCAGAUCACGCAGUGCAGGAACUCCAUCCAGGGGAAGAACCUUCUCACUGACGAACUAGGUUACGUGUGCGAGAGGAAGGACCUGCUGGUGAACGGGUGCUGUAACGUGAACGCGCCGCGCUCAGGGCAGUACAUGUGUAAGAGCUGUCUGCCCAACGGCUGCUGCAGCGUCUACGAGUACUGCGUAUCCUGCUGUCUCCAGCCUGACAAGCAACCUCUCCUGGAGCGCUUUUUGAACCGAGCCGCUGAAGGAUUUCGGAAUCUCUUCACCGCAGUAGAGGAUCACUUUGAGCUGUGUUUGGCGAAAUGUCGAACCUCCUCGCAGAGCGUCCAGCACGAGAACACGUACAGAAACCCCCAGGCGAAGUACUGUUACGGCGAGAGCCCCCCCGAGCUCCUGCCCAUCUGACGGAGGAAAGUAUUCCCAUAAAAAUAUUCUCUACCUCUCGCCUCCUCUGCUCGACGGUCUCGCCCCAACCCCCCCGUCCCCCAUCAGCAUGAAGACAUUAAAACCUAAAGCUGUACUUGGUGGGGGGUUGGAAAGGAAAUAUAAAAAAAAAAAAAAAAAAGAAGAAGAAGGACGAAUCGUAAUCGUGUCCAAGAAGCCUCUCGACCUCAGCUGUUACUGUAAUCUACACGAUAUUUUGGGUUCAUGCCACAGAAACCUAUGGUUGGCAGUUCCUUACAUAAAUUACUCUUUAACAGGAAAUGUGUCACCGGACUGAUGUCACAAGUUGAGCUCAGUAUUAGAUGCGCGAGUGCGCAAUCUUGUCUGGAAUAGCAUGUGAGCGUAAUAGUGAACGCACUCGCUAAGCGUCAGCGGAAGGACCAGAUCGGACGGUGAGCAUCCGUCAAGAUGCCGAUCGCUUGUUAAAAACCUUGCAUGUGAAGUGCUGCGUAUUAAAGCUAUAUGUUAAUUUAAUAAACACAAUUUUUAACUUCA